AUGGCGAUGGCAUGGCUGCUGCUUUCACUGUGCCUGGGAGAACUUCCAGAAGCACAGCUAGUGACGGAUGAAACUGCCAUUGGGGGAAUCCAACUCUGCCGAGAGGUCUCUGCACUUCGAUCAGAUUUGCCUUCCUAUGUGGUGAAAUUGGGCCACCUCUAUGAGGCCCGACAGAGUUUGAGCAAGAAGCGUCGACUGCGGCUUCGAGAGCACAAGGACUCCAGCCCCUUGUGGAGCAGUUCGUGCCUAACGGGUGGCGCGACGGGCCCCUGGAGGCUCAAGAUCGACCUGGCGGCACCCAGUACAGCGCCAACGGCGUUCCGGAAACAUCAUCGUGCAAUUUUGGUCUUUGGAAAGACUUGGCCGCAGAGCUUGCCCAGCAUUCGUUUUGUCGGACAGCUCAAGAGUCUUUACGUCAAACCACCGGACGAGGACAAGAGUGAUCAUGUCCGGGAGGCCAGCAGCAAACUCCUGGCGCGGCUACAGGAAGCCGCCAGUGGUGGUCGCAUUGCUUGUAUGUGGCGACAGACUGCGAAUUGCAAUGCCACGCAUGGAGAAAGAGAACCAGACAGGGAUAGGCUUUGCAGCGAAAACGUGCCUUUGGGGAACUCCGGCUUUUGCGACUGCAAUGGAGACAAUCAAAAGAACAGCGAUGAGUUGGGGUAUGGCUGUCAAAGCACCCCCGGCAACUGCGAGACCGUGUGUCCGCAGGCUCUGCAAGAUAGGCGUUAUGAUUUGAAGUGGUUGCUCUGGCAGCUGCACCGUUCUUUGGGUGGUGCCAUGCAUCCCAAGGACGAGAAGCCCUGGCAACUCGCAGCGACCGCCUUUGAGGAGGAUGCGAGCACUGUGGUGAAAUACCAGUCCUAUGGGCCAAAGCACGCGAUGUUUUUCAAGACCAAUGGUGUGGAGUUGGAGAAAGCCAUUGAUCCCAGGAUGUGA